UUUAAACUAACCUUCAAUUCCACUGCACAAGGCAGUGACCGAGACAAGGGCAACUUCUAAUUUUCAAAAAAUUCCCACGGUAGCUUGCACUGAAUCGAGGUCAGACCCAGUCUCCACUCUUGAACGCACUGACUGCGACAGCCAAACUCCCCCAUGCAGCGUAAACACGGAGGUAUCGUUAUCUGAGUUCCUCUUUCUUUUGGACAGUUGUGAAAACUUAGACGAACUUCUCGGAAAACUCAGUUAAGCGUGACGUGAGAGAGUUCCGAUGUAAACUGGAUUGUUGAGUUUGUUCGUCCGCGGUCCGCGAUGAUUCAAACCAAGAGCUAAGACAAAUCAAAACGGAAGUGAACGAAGGAAAAUUAACCUGACGAUGCAAUUACAGGAUUCAGAUUUCGUGAAUAUCUAUUGCUGAGCGUGAUGUCGUUCACGGCGGAAAGUUUAAAAUUGACAUAAGCUUAAAUUUGCGAUGGAAGCCUCAAAGAACCAAACCUCGAACAGAACGGAAUUUCAAUCGGCAGAUGAUGGCAUUGACACUCAGUUAUCACCUGUUACACACCAAUCAGAAAUAAUACCCGUUGAAAUUGGUCGGGAAAGUCAUUCUUGUCCUGAAUUGGCGAGUACGGUUGCAGCUGUAAACGCAGCCGAAUUUGAGUGUGAAAUCAACGAUGACCCCAAGCAGAAUGAUCCCAGCGGCAAAAAGAAGAAGAAAAAGAAGAAGAAGAAGAAGAAAACUAAUCCAGGAUCCUCUGAUACUACAUCUGACACUAUCAGGGAAAAUGUUCAAGGUGAUCAUCCCGCAACAUCGACUUGCACUGAACCGUUGUUGAUACAAAUGGCGGAAGUUGACAAAGAAGGUUCUUUCCAAGAAUCGGCCGGUACAGUAUCAUCACCAUUCCAAGAAGGCGAACCAGAGCGCGAGGACAUUCAGGAAGGCGCCCUUUGCGGCAAAAGGAAAAAGAAGAAGAAAAAGAAGAAGAAAUUAGCUUCAGAAACGGGUGAUUUUGAUGUUAUUUCCAACUCUCCUUCAAACGACAGGGCUCCCUCACAAGCGCUUUCGUCUGACACUACAGUUCCGGAAGCGGGUGAAAUCAAAGGUGAUGCAACUGAAGAUCCUAGAAAUCAGGAGUUCACGACUACUGAUGAGACCCUCUCAGAGCUGACUUCAGAUCAACAAGAGCUGUUGUUGACAAUCUCAACUACAAGUGAUCAAAAUGAAAUCGGUUGCCAUGGCUCAAGCAUCACACCAGACUAUAAUGUACAAGGCGAUUCCUCUAGGAAGCCCAAGAAGAAAAAGAAAAGAAAGAAAAAUCAAGAGGUAGAGUACAAUAUUCUGUCAGACAGUGAAAGCGGUGUUGUCUUAGCGACAGGGAUAACUGAAAUAGAGCGGGUCAAUUUGCUGCAAGUGAUGCCUGAAAGAAGUUGUACAGCAGGAGUUGUGCAACAACAAUCUCAAAACACAAACGAUGUAGAAGCUAUAACAACCCAAGCGGAAACCCAGAUGUUAUGUGUCCAUGAUGUUUCAGCCACUGCAGGCGACAUAGUGGAGCCAAUUAAACCUGAUGAGAAGGGUUCAUCUACUGGCCAGUCACUUCGUGAAGAGAGAAAUAUCUUGUGCAUUUUCAAGCUUGUUUAUGGAGUUGGGCUAAGAUCACUUCGCAAACUGUUCAUUAAAAUCAAUCCAUCAUGGUCCAAUCAACCCUCUGAUGCAGCAGCAUUCGACAAAUGGAAGAUGAAGCUCAGUAAAGAUGAAGAAAUUAGUUUCAACAAAGGAGACAUUGAGGAAUGGGACUUGUCAUUGAUGACAACGGCACUUCUCUAUUCUAAGAGUUGUGCAUUGGAAAUGAACAAAAGACCGGAUUUAGCACGUGCCCUGAAGGAAUUGAAGAUCGACCGUAACAAGCUGCUGGGACACCCUUCUACAGAGAGGAUGUCUGAUGCUGAGUUUGACACCUUUUGGCCUCAAUUGUCAAAGAACUUUGAAAUUCUUGGUGCUGAGCCAGAUGACAUUGCAGAAAUAAUGCUCCAGCCAGAUGAAGUGCUCUAUUCUGGACAUUAUUACAAGCAGCUGUUCUUGUCAGAACGAGAACACGUUUGCGGCUGUGGUGAAAGGAAGCUGCAAGAAAUGGAUAGCAAACUGGAUAUCAUAAUUGCAAAUCAGCUACCUGCCACUGUUGUCAAGGCUCCUAUUAGCCCCAGAGACCUAAGUGGACCCAACUGGGAUGAAUGGCUGAAAUUCUGUGACAUGGUCGGGGAUUUUGAAUCACACCAGAAUCAGUACAUCCUUGUUACAGACUCCCUCCCUCCUGAAGAGCUUGAGUGCUUUUCUAUUUUAAGAGGUGUGUCAUGGAAGAUGAUCUUGGACUUCGAUCCGAUGUCAGAAGAGGAAGGGUUCUAUCGCGAAUUCACAUCGAAGGAAGGUCAAAGUAACUUGGUCAGCAUGAUAACACCAGCAGAGUUGCGUAAAAGUUCCAUGGGAAGUCUUCUGCGUCAGAUCGAUCCACAAAAAACGCAGUGGCUUUUUGUCAACGGAAGGUACAGUGACACGGAGGGAAGUGCACAGUCACCUCCGGAUUGGGAGGCUACCUCAGUCAAGCACAUCAGCAGGUUGUUUGGAUGCUGUUCUGACCCCGACAAAUUUGACAAGCAGAAACCAGUUGUGUGUGUCAUCCUUCCAUUUCGCCAGAAGAGCCAGCCGUACUUGGAAGUGACUUUAAGUCGUCUCAUCGAGAACUUUGAUGAGUUCAAGCUGCGUUUCGUUUCCUUUAAACACAAGCAUUCCCAUCUUAUUUCAAGAAAGUUUAAGGUGAGACACUUUGAUUUAAGCCCGAAACUUGUCAGUCUAGGGCUGUCAGAAAUGCUUACUGCGUCAGCAACGCCAGAAUAUCGCAUGCCCUCUUCACACUCUGGCGUCCCUGCAAAGCUGAGUCAGAAUGACUUUCUUUAUCUCAAGGAACACCUUCAAAUCCUUUAUGACGGAUGUGAAGAUCUCCCAGAAUACUCAAAUGAUCCAGCCGAGUUAGCAAAUUUCUUUGAAGAACACAGGAAGUCCUUCAUUUCAGGGAAUCAAAUUUCCUUCGUAAGCCUGUACGACAACCAUGAUGCAAAAAGAGAAAUCGAGGGAGAUAUUCGAAGCCAUGUUCACCGUCUUCUCGAUCAAGGAUUGACGCGGUCUGUGAUUGUGGAAAUCAGGCACUCACCGGGAACAGGUGGCUCCACCAUCGCGCGUCGCGUCAUGUGGGAUCUUCACAAGACCUAUCCUUGUGCACUUUUGAACAUAUCGAGUUCUCGCCACUACUUUGAUGAAGACAACACCCUUUCCGACAAAUUUGCCAACCGCAUAACAGCAUUGGAAGAAAUAUGCCACACGUCUCCAGUGAUCCUAAUUGACGGAAAGCAUUCAGGCUUGAUCGAAGGUCUAUCAAACAAGCUUGUAAGGAUGCUAGGCAACAAAGGCAAACGAGCUCUGCUACUGCGCUGUCAACAUGGAUCAAAGACCACCAAGCGAGUCAGCCAGGACUCGUCUUCUCACGUGCAUCACGUAUUUGAUGUCAACGUCAAGCUAGAGGACUCGAUUGCAGAUCUCAACGAAUUCCAGUCUAAGUACAGGGAAUACAUUGUGCAGUCGUUGGGUGAAAACCAAACACCAAACCUCUGCCGUGUUUUUCACUUUCCGCUGCUUGCCAUGAUGGAAGAGUUUCGACCCAAGCUCAAGAAGAUAAUCGAGGACACUCUUGACGAAAUGGGAGGCAUACAGCAAGAGAUGGCAAUGGUAGUCGCGUUCUUGCAGAAAUACGCGAAUCAUCCCACACCUGCUUUCCUUCUGUAUGAAGCCUUUAAGGGGUACAUCCGCAUUUCAGGUGAUAAACCCACUACCUAUGAAGGUAUCAAGCUGCUGUUCACAGAGCACUUGCUUAACCUGAUGGUGCCCACAGAUCCACUAAGACGCAGGGGGAGAUCAGUUGCGGUUAAGGAGACACCACCCGAAAGCUACACUCUUCAGCAUCCGUUGGUUGCAGAUUUGGUGUUGAAAAAGGUUUUCCAAAUUCAGGAAUGUAAUCUUUUUGGGGUGGUGACCAAGUUCCUUCAGUUUCCUAUCUACCAACAUGAAUGCUUCUUGCCCCUUUUUGAAGAACUGUUUCUUCACAACAAGUAUGGACAGAAAAUCAAAUUUUCCAUACUGUUUGAAGACCUUAAGCGCCUUGAUCCAGAGCACGCAGCAAGGAUUUUCUCUGAGGCAGCUGUGAAGACCAAUGAUGCCGCUGUAUUUGCCAACGCAGCAAGAUUUCUUGCAAAGAAGGAGCCUCCAUCGUUUUCAGAGGCAAAAGAUCUUAUUCAGCGAGCAUUCCAAGCCAAAACGUCUAAGGUGAGAUGGCGGAGCCUGUAUCACACCAAAGGAGUCGUUCUGUUCCAUGAAAUGAAGAGCGAGAUCCAUUCUGGAAAGGUGAAAGAUCUGCAAAGGCUUGAAGAGCUGGCCAGCGAGGUUCUUAAGGCGCACCAUGAAGCACGCAAUUUUCCUCCAACUUACCCCCAUCCUUUGAUUGGCGAGGUUGACGUUUGGCUGGCUUGUAUUGACUGGAUCAUGAAGAAUUGUUGCAAUCGUGAUUCCGACAAGACCUUGAAGUUCCUUACCAACCGUUCCCCACCUUUCUUUCGCACCUGUGUCAGUGAUUCAUUCAAUCUACUUGACAUUGUGGAUGGAAUCUGCCAGAGUGUGCCUAACCUUACAGAUCCCGAGGAAACCCAGAGGCUUAGUAACACUGCCCGAUUGUCUCUGCUGAAGACCUUUAAACAAGGGCUUUCAGUAACUGGACGAAGACGUGAUGCAGACGAUUUACUUCAAGCCUGUAAGGCAAUUUGCAGUGCUCCAAACUUUCCAAGAUCUUCGCAAGUGGAGCUCAAGAAACUCCAGGCUCACUUCAUCCUGAGUGCAAGUGAUCCAAUCGACAUAUUAAACCAUGAAAACCUUGAGUAUUUACUGAAGCUCCUGGAAGAACUGGUGUUGGGUGAGAAUGAAUACAGGCUGGCGUACCAUCUGAUGAAGGUGUGCGUGCUGGUGACUGGCCCAAGAUGCUACAGUCUCGAGCAAGGUCUUACUGUGAGCGAGAAGUGGCGUGAUGUUUCUUCUAACGACUGCCUCCCUUAUUUCUACCAGAUGACCAUCUACUUCUUGAAGAUCCUUGACGGAAACUCGCUCGAAUUCGCGUCGAAGUACACCAAAGCAUUGAGAAUGUGUCAAGAAAAAUCUCAGAAUCAUUUUCGCAGUACGCAGUCAACGUUGUUUGUGGGCAAAGGUGGACAAGGGAUGUCCCGUCUCAUUACCCGCAACACCCUGUUCCGAGGGGAAACUGACUACGCCACAGAUGAUUCCGAUAAAGUGUCAAAGUUCUGGCGAGUUGACAGUCGUAAAAAGUUGCUGGAAUGCAAGGGACGGAUACGAGUGUCCGAGCAGUCUUUCUCGCGUGGGAAGAUCCAUCCCUACAUUGAACUUGUGCAAGGAAAUCUGCAGCUCUAUGUUGGCAAAAAUGCAAACAUUGGCAAAGUAGAAAGGGACUUUCCCGCUGGAGCUUUGGUAUAUUUCGUCGUGAGUUUCAACCUCCAUGGCCCUGUUGCCAAUGGAAUAACCUUCUCGCCUCAAGAACUAACUCAUGGCUAACAGAGAGUCUUAAAUUGAAAAAACUUGAACUCUUGCAUGAACAAGCUUACGUCUGAUCCCCUGUUAACAGGAAAUUAGAAAUGCUUAAGUACCUGUAAUUUGAGUUCAAUUUCGAAGACUGAUUUUCGUUUUAUUUUACCAAUAGUUUAACGAAACUGCGUUUUUUUAAAAGCAGUUUCACUAUGUGUCAUGUAAGCUCAUAUAGUUUGAUAAAAGAAGCAAUUGAAGAGUAUUUUAUUAGGCUUUGACGCACUGAUUUUAGUUUUCUAAUUUAAAGAGUAGCAGAUGCUUUUCCUUUAAAAGAGAGGGAGAGAGA